GAGCGCUGAACGUCCGAAACAAUUCCGUUUGCUAGGACAGCUUUAUACGAGCGCUUGUUGACGUCAUUACUAUGGUUGCACACCUCCCACCUUCAAUCAAGCAUCUCCUGACUCUACGUACGCCCGAGGCUUGGCCAAGCCCGCCUGUGGCGGCCCUCAAUCGCGUUUUCCAGCGCACUCGGACAGACGCCCAAAAGCGAGGUGCAGACAAUGGCUGGCUGGUUCUUGCAACUUGCGCGCUUAUGACUAUCAACCGCCCGGCGGCCGUCGGACAUCUCUACCGCUUUGCUUCUCUCCCCAACUCCAGCUCUCAAACUCAAGGGGACAGAAACUCAGGGAACGUCGUUUCCCUUGCCGAACGCAUUCGGCUCGCUGCUCUCAUGCGCGAGGCGGCCCUCAAGAGCGUCAUUUUUGUCGGCGUUCCGAGGACUAUUCUCUCCCUCACCGGCCUUAAGGAUGCCUUAGAAUCAGAAGUUUACUCUGAGUUGAGACAGGAUUCCAUUCGAAUUGCAACGCCCGAUAACGUCGAGGCGACCAAGGAACGUGGAAUGGCGCUCUGGAACUCUAUCUACGAGCCUCACGCUGUGAAGCUUUAUAACAAGCUUGGGGCGCUGCAUCCUGAUUUCAUCACGUUCAUCAUCCUGGCCUAUGGCACCAUCCUUGCGCCCCUCCCAGGACCCGCACCGCAACAGGGGAACCUUACUCGUGCGCUGGGGAGCGUGGUGGGGAUCGCAACCCUCCGUGCGGAGGGACGCGUUGGACCGCAGUUGACGUCACACGUGUUUGGUCUCCUCAAGGCACGAAAUGUUGAGGGGAAGAAUGAAGAGGACACCUGGCUUUCCACGGACGAAGGCACAGAGUGGGUCAUUCGGACGGUCGACGAGAUCGUCGAUGGGGUCACGCAGGCUGGGGUAGAGGAGGAAAAGUCAAAAUUGUAGAUUGCAUGAACAUCACCUGUCCGUCCAUCAUGUCGAGUAGGCAUAUGUAGCUUCGCUAGGGCUCAGGGGAUUAUUGGACGAUAUGAGGCGGGGCAGAUCAAGUGUUUGUACGUAACUCGAGGCAGAC